UCCUCCUGCGCUCCAAGCCGACUCCAUACUAUAAUCUAAAGAGUAAAGGAUCACCAUCAUCAACAAAAAACAACAAAUAACAAACAACAACAAGCAGCAGCAGCAGCAGCAGCAGCCGUGCACCGGGACUCGGAGGUGGAUUAGGAGCGAUGACAGCCGUGAAGUUUUUCUGGAAUUGAGCGGGAGGAUUUGAGAAAACGCAAAGAAAAGCAACCAUAAUCAUAUAAGAGCUACCAGGCAGUGUGGUGACCCCUAAAGGACUCCUAUGAGGUGAUUCCCACCUCAGCCACCCUCAGGUCCCCCUCCUAUCGUCAGCAGCAUCACGACAAAGGGAUGUCACAGGCAUUUCUUCUGAGCCUGAUCAUUUUUUUCUCCUGCACCCAGGUGUCCUCUUUCGUGUCCACGAAACUUGUAAUAAAAGAGUGGCUGAAGUACAAAGAGGAGUGCCAUGAGAAUAACAGCAGAGAACUCCCUGCUACAGGUCUUGUGUGUAACAGGACAUUUGACCGCUUUGUCUGCUGGCCAGAUGGUUUGCCUAACACCACAGUGGCCGUCCCCUGCCCCUGGUUUCUGCCCUGGUACGCAAAAGUCCAAAAUGGCCUGGUUUAUAUGGAGUGCAAAGCCGAAGGCCAGUGGGCCAAGCAGAGAAACGCAAGUGAGUGUGAACCAGAGCCGGACAAGACUGACACGCAAUACUAUGGCAGGAUCCUCAGUAAAUUCAGGAUCAUAUACACUGUUGGUUAUUCCCUCUCACUGGGAGCGCUGGUGCUGGCACUCUGUAUCCUGGUGACCUUCCGGAAGCUGCACUGCAUGAGGAACAACAUUCACAUGAACCUGUUCGCCUCCUUCAUCCUUCGAGCUGUUGCCAUUUUCACCAAAGACGCCCUGUUGGAGAAACCCCACAUCAACCCAGGCAACUCAACGGAUGUCGAGAUGGAUAUGUUUGUCAUUAACGAAGUCUCCCAGUCUGAUGUAGGCUGCAAGACUGCUGUAGUGAUGAUGCAGUACAGUAUUAUUGCAAACAGCCACUGGCUGCUGGUGGAGGGGAUAUACCUGCACAACUUGCUAGCAGUCACGGUGCUGACUGAAGGGAACCACUUCAGCAUCUACCUGUGCAUCGGCUGGGGAGCGCCACUGAUCUUUGUUUUACCCUGGGUCGUUAUAAAAUAUACCUACGAGAACGAGAGUUGCUGGGAGCAGAACACAAACAUGGGCUUCUGGUGGAUUAUUCGUUCCCCGAUCCUACUGGCAGUGCUGAUCAAUUUCUUUAUCUUCAUACGCAUCAUUAACAUCCUCGUGUCCAAGCUGAGGGCUCACCAAAUGAGAUACACUGACUACAAGUUCCGACUCGCAAAGUCCACACUUACCCUCAUCCCUCUGCUCGGGAGCCAUCUGGUCCUGUUUUCCUUCAUCACCGACGAGUCUACGUCAAAUGGAGCCGUCACCCUGCGGCUCACGAAGAUGUUCAUCGACCUCGUCUUCAACUCCGUGCAGGGGCUGCUGGUGGCCAUCCUCUACUGCUUUGUCAACAAAGAGGUACAGUCUGAGAUCAUGAAGUUCUGGAAGCGCUGGAAAGGAAAGGACAUAGACAAUGACUACCGUCACACCUAUAGCAACACGGCUCAGAUGACCAGCAACAAGCACGUCCAAGCGGCAUCCAGCAUGAAGAGGCUACCAGACGUCACAUGCUCAAGUAUGGACGUCUGCAGCGCCGAAGAAAAGCAGCUGCUCACACUCAGCUGCCAUAACGGCGCGGACCGUCUGCACUUCACCACCAGGUCACCGGACGGCACCAGCUCCACCAACAGCACGGCAGCCGAAGAACCGAUGGUGUGCAAUCAGGACCCACGAGGGAGCAUCGAGAGCAACAUGUGAACAUGUGAGAACACAUGCAAGCAUAUACAUGUCUGUGUGUAUAUGUGUGAGUGUGUGUUAGUCAGCGAUGGUCCCACUAUGUUCUCACACACUCACAGGUACGAGUCCAAAAUCCAAGCGAGCAGCACCAGGAUGGGUCUAAUGUGUAUGUGUGUGUGUUUCAUGUGGAACAGUGUUUGAGCACGUCAGUGAUCGCUCUGCGCUCGUCUGAGCUGUCCAUCUCAUGUGAAAAAUUCUGUGUUUGGUUAUAACAUGUCCACACACCACGUCACCACAGCACUGUGUAUAUUCAGCACACGGACCUAAAGGAAGACAUGCUGUAAAAAAAAAGAAAAGAAAAAAAAAACUCAAUGAAACUUACAACAUGAACCUCAAAUGGACACAAACCUGGACAUGUAAACCAUCGACAUUUCGGGUGACUGUGGAUAACGAAUUAUUUGUGUGAAGGUAGGAGAGAAAAUACUCAUGCAGGCUCUCCAAUUGUGUUUCAGGAUCCAUUCAGGAAGUACAGUGGUUUUAAAAAGCAGACCGUGAAAGAUUCCUAAGUGUCUAAGGAAAGAAAUCAUCUGUGACCAAGAACAUAAAAAUCAAAUGUCUAGUUUUAUCUUAAUAUUAAUGUUGUCUUGGAAAAUAAAAGGCCCUUUUUUGUAUUUGUAUAACUUGUCAGGUUUAGUUAUUGCUGAU